AUGCCUACCGUCUUCGAGCUUGCUCCGUUCCUUUCAAAACGCUCAGCCCUAUGGAAAGCUUGCGGCAUACGCGGCUUGUUCCCACUGGAAUCCAUUCCCGGAAUGAUAUCUCUACUUGCUGGCCGUCCAAAUCCGGCGACAUUCCCUUUCGAAUCAAUAACGAUGAAGCUGCGGCCCACUCUGGUGGGGAUACCACUCCGGACAACCGAAGAUAGCUCGGAUCCCCUCACCAUCACCCUCGAGGGCGAGCAGCUGACUUCCGGACUACAAUAUGGGCUCACGCCGGGCGCUCCAAACUUUGUGAAAUGGCUGGAAGAGUUUCAGACUUUUGUUCAUAAACGUGCGCCUAAUUUAACAAGUUGGUCGGUAACUGUAGGCUCGGGGAGCCAAGACCUCAUGUACAAGGCGUGCGAUGUCCUCGUAGACGACGGUGACUUUGUGUUGAUGGAGGCGCCUGUCUAUCCUGGGGUAUUGGGGUUCUUUGCUGCUUUACCUUGCCAACUCGUUGAAGUGGCAGCCGAUUCCCAGGGCUUGAAUCCUGCGAGUCUCGAUAGUAUUUUGUCGACUUGGGGGGAGACGCAUCCAGGCCAGCGCUUCCCAAAGUUUUUAUAUACGAUCCCAUCGGGAAGUAAUCCUACCGGGGCGUCUAUACCUGAAGCCCGAAAAGUCGAAGUACUCCGAUUGGUGAAGAAGUAUAACAUCCUUCUUCUCGAGGACGAUGCAUAUGCAUUUUUGUACUACGGACCUGAGGGCCAGCAAGCCCGAAGCUACUUUGCCCUCGAACCAGAGGUUAACGAUGAGGAGGGUCGCAUUAUUCGCUUCGAUUCGCUCAGCAAAGUGUUUAGUAGUGGUAUGCGGCUUGGAUAUAUGACGGCCCAUCCAACGUUGGCGACAGCUGUGAACAUGAUCACCUCAAACACCAACUUGCAACCAAACUCACUCGCGCAACUCAUAGCAUAUAGUCUUCUUUCCCGUUGGGGCCCCCAAGGCUUUCUUGAUCAUUGCAAGCAAGUCGCGUCUCUUUACGAGGUGCGCCGAGAUGCAUUUGAGCGUCUUGCCCGCAAGUAUCUCGCCGACGACGGUUUGGCCGAAUGGACUACGCCUGUCGCGGGGAUGUUUCUCUACAUCAAGCUCAUUGCAGAUCCAGAUGGCACACCCGAAUCGGAUGCACGGGUCCUGAUUCUUGAGCGCGCCGUCGCCAAGGGUGUUCUCGCAGUGCCUGGGACAUCAUUCAUGCCUCUCGCUGGGAAAUCUCCCUUCGUUCGCGUCAGUUUCAGCAUUAUAGAGGAAGCUGACGCAGAAGAGGCGUGUCGGAGAUUGAGAGAAGUCAUGUUGGAGGCUCGUGCAGAAGCAAAGGCCAAGGCAAUUAUAGGCAAUACUAACGCAAGUGUGGCUAUGGGAGAGCUGUGA